AUGUUAUUCAUGGACGAUUCGACGGCGGAGGAGACGCGAAACAGGAAACGAGCAAGGCUAACCCCAUCGGCCGGUGACGUCGUCGACCAGAUCAGCGGCCUCGAGCUGUUGGGCGAUGCGAGGGACGCGGUGCGCAUGAGCGCGCUCUCGCGGCGGUGGCUCGGACUCUGGAAGCGCGUGGCCACGCUCAGUUUCAUCUCUUGGUCCGUGUGGGAAGCCACCGACGUCGAAGAAUGCGCCGCCUUGAUGCAGUACGUCUCCUCCAUUAACGACGCCCUUGCCCUGUGUACCCAAUCCGGCUGCGCCAUUGAGAGGCUGGCGAUCUCGUAUACCAGACACUCACCUCACCCUGAUGACCCAUACCAAGAUGACAUGCCGCCGGCGUCGGUGAAUGCUUUCCGCAAUGGAGUGGGAGGCAUCAGGGAUCCUGACGGUGAGCGCUACCUGGAACGGCUGAUGCCGGCGUCCGUGGAUGCCAUACAAGGAUGGAUCUGGUAG